ACUGGAAAGAACCUCGUGUUUUUGUAAAACCCCCUUUUCAUCCAGCUCCGCCUCCAGCUUCUGCAGAAACCAGCAAAACCCUACUCAUGGAGGACGUCUGCGAAGGAAAGGAUUACUCUUUCCCUUUGGAAGAGGAGAAAAUCAUAUCUUUCUGGUCUCAGAUCGACGCCUUUAAGACCCAACUCAAGCGCACUGAGAACUGUCCCGAGUACAUCUUCUACGAUGGUCCUCCCUUCGCCACCGGCCUUCCCCACUACGGUCACAUUCUCGCUGGCACCAUCAAGGACAUUGUCACUCGGUACCAGACCAUGACUGGCCACCACGUUACCCGUCGAUUCGGCUGGGACUGUCACGGCCUGCCAGUCGAGAACGAGAUCGACAAGGCACUAGGAAUUAAGCAGAGGGACGAAAUCCUCAAGAUGGGCAUUGAUAAGUACAAUGAGGAGUGCAGAAGUAUUGUUACUAGAUAUGUUGAGGAGUGGGAGACAAUUGUCACGAGGACUGGACGAUGGAUUGAUUUCAAGAAUGAUUACAAGACUAUGGAUUUGAAGUUCAUGGAGAGCGUCUGGUGGGUUUUUGCUCAACUUUAUGAGAAGGGACUUGUAUAUAGAGGAUUCAAGGUCAUGCCAUACAGUACCGGUUGUAAAACGCCUCUGUCUAAUUUUGAAGCUGGGGAUAACUAUAAGCUUGUGUCUGACCCUGAAAUAAUGGUGACCUUUCCCAUUGUUGGUGAUCCUGAUAAGGCUGCCUUCGUGGCUUGGACAACAACUCCGUGGACCCUUCCUAGUAAUCUUGCUCUCUGUGUCAAUGCAAAUUUUACUUAUGUGAAGGUUCGCAACAAGCACUCUGGAAAAAUUUAUGUGCUUGCUGAGUCUCGGUUGUCGGGUCUUCCUACUGAGAAGCCAAAAUUGAGUGUUACUAAUGGGCCUUCUGGUGAUUCCAAGAAAUCUAAAACCAAGGGUUUGUCUGGCGAAAAGACACAAAAUCCUGCAGAUUCAUUUGACAUCUUGGAAAAAUUUUCUGGGGCUUCAUUGGUGGGAAAGAAGUAUGAACCAUUGUUUGAAUAUUUCCGGGAGUUCUCUGAUGAUGCCUUCAAGGUCAUUGCUGACAAUUAUGUCACUGAUGACAGUGGUACUGGAAUUGUCCACUGUGCUCCAGCUUUUGGUGAAGAUGAUUAUCGGGUUUGUAUUGAAAACCAGAUAAUCAGUAAGGGAGAAAAUUUGAUUGUGGCUGUUGAUGAUGAUGGCCUGUUUACCGGGAAAAUUACUGAUUUUAGUGGGCGGUAUGUCAAAGAUGCAGAUAAAGAUAUUAUUGAAGCAGUGAAGGCAAAAGGCAGGCUUGUUAAAUCAGGAACUUGCACACAUUCUUAUCCCUUUUGCUACAGAUCUGAUACACCUCUUAUUUAUAGAGCUGUUCCAAGCUGGUUUGUUCGGGUGGAACAGUUGAAAGAACAACUAUUAGAAAACAACAAGCAGACUUAUUGGGUACCUGAUUAUGUGAAGGAUAAACGUUUCCACAAUUGGCUGGAAAAUGCAAGAGACUGGGCAAUAAGUCGAAGUAGGUUUUGGGGCACUCCUCUUCCUAUAUGGAUUAGUGAGGAUGGAGAGGAAGUAUUAGUAAUGGAUUCUGUGGAAAAACUUCAAAGGCUUUCUGGGAAGGAGGUCUUUGAUCUCCAUCGUCACCAUAUUGAUCAUAUUGAAAUCCCUUCCAGCAGGGGUACUCAGUUCGGCAUGCUUCGGCGUGUUGAGGAUGUAUUUGAUUGCUGGUUUGAAAGUGGUUCAAUGCCAUAUGCUUACAUCCAUUAUCCUUUUGAGAAUGCUGAACUUUUUGAGAAAAAUUUUCCUGGGCAUUUUGUGGCUGAGGGGCUAGAUCAAACUCGUGGAUGGUUCUAUACACUUAUGGUAUUGUCAACUGCUUUAUUUGGAAAGCCUGCAUUUAGGAAUCUCAUUUGCAAUGGACUUGUCCUUGCUGAGGAUGGAAAAAAGAUGAGUAAAAGAUUGAAAAAUUAUCCCUCACCAGUCGAAGUCAUUAAUGAUUAUGGAGCGGAUGCUUUGCGAUUAUACCUUAUAAGCUCUCCAGUUGUUCGAGCAGAGACACUCCGUUUCAAAAAGGAUGGAGUUUUUGCAGUUGUUAAAGAUGUCUUCCUUCCAUGGUAUAAUGCAUAUAGAUUCCUUGUUCAGAAUGCAAAGAGGCUCGAAAUUGAGGGUUGUGCACCUUUUGCUCCUACUGAUCUAGCCACCUUAAAGUUGUCUAAUGUACUUGACCAAUGGAUACAAUCAGCAACUGGAAGUCUUGUUCAUUUUGUCCGCCAAGAAAUGGAUGGAUAUCGACUUUACACGGUGGUGCCUUACCUACUAAAGUUUCUUGACAACCUUACAAAUGUAUAUGUAAGAUUCAAUCGUAAGAGACUAAAAGGACGCACAGGAGAGGAAGACUGCCGCACAGCUCUCUCCACUCUUUACAAUGUGCUACUAACUUCAUGCAAGGUUAUGGCUCCUUUUACACCGUUCUUCACUGAGGUUCUUUAUCAAAACAUGCGAAAAGGUUGUGAUGGGUCUGAGGAAAGCAUUCACUACUGUAGUUUUCCUCAAGAAGAAGGAAAGAGGGGAGAAAGGAUUGAAGAAAGUGUUGCGAGAAUGAUGACAAUUAUUGAUCUUGGGCGCAAUAUUCGAGAGCGUCACAACAAACCUCUCAAAACACCUCUCAGGGAGAUGGUAGUUGUUCACCCAGAUUCAGACUUCCUUGAGGAUAUAGCUGGAAAGCUGAGAGAGUAUGUUUUGGAGGAACUCAAUGUAAGAGUUCUUGUUGCAUGCAAUGAUGCUUUGAAGUAUGCUUCAUUACGUGCUGAACCUGAUUAUAGUGUAUUGGGCAAGCGUCUGGGAAAAUCUAUGGGUGUUGUGGCCAAGGAGGUCAAAGCAAUGUCUCAGGAGGAUAUCUUAGCUUUUGAAAAAGCUGGAGAAGUAACAAUUGCUGGUCACUGUCUAAAGCUGACCGACAUUAAGGUGGUUCGGGAUUUUAAACGUCCUGAUGGUAUGACAGAUAAAGAGAUUGAUGCUGCUGGAGAUGGGGACGUGUUGUUGGUUUUGGAUUUGCAUGCUGAUGAGUCAUUGUUUGAAGCUGGUGUUGCACGUGAGGUUGUUAAUAGAAUUCAGAAGUUACGGAAGAAAGCUGGCCUUGAACCAACAGAUUUGGUGGAGGUUUACUUUGAGUCCUUGGAUGAAGAUAAGUCAGCCAUACAACAAGUUUUGAACACACAAGAAAACUACAUCAAGGAUGCAAUUGGAUCUCCAUUGCUUUCUCAUAGUGUCAUGCCACCACACGCGGUUGUUAUUGAUGAAGAGAGCUUCCAUGGCAUCUCUAAGUUUAAUUUUAAGAUAAGUUUGGCACGACCAGCUCUGUUGUUCAAUUCGGAGGCUAUUCUUCCAUUAUAUGCAGGAAACACACAAUUUGCACGAGGCCUCCAAACUUACCUCCUUUCAAGGGACCAUUCUGCUUUGAAAUCCGAGUUUCAGCAUGGACACGGCAAGAUUAAGGUUGAUGGCAUCGAGAAUCAACCUCCUGUGGAGCUGACACUCGGAAAACAUGUAUUCUUGACAGUUGGUGACUAUUUUUCGACAGAAAGAAGUGGCUGUUAAUAUUUCAUUUUUUCAAAACCUUUUUCUUCAGGUCCUCACUGAUCGGUAAAGGAAAAUGGAGGGAUUGAUUUGUAAACUUGUUAAUUUGUAGAUGACUAUAGAGUGAGAAGAAAUUUCAUGUUGUUCAAGGAAAAAUAAUAUAAGGUUUUAUGACUUCGUCCAAGGAUUGUAACAUUCUCCCUUUUUAGCUGUUCUUGAACCCUCAACCUGAACUAGAAAGAACUCUUCUUCGUCUUCAUAAUGGAAGUUUUGGAAUCAGUCCAAGGAUUUUGAACAUUUGUAGGUCUGCAUCAAGUAAAGGCGAAAUUUAUUAUACUUAACAGACCCAAAUGCUCAAAAUUAUAAGUUUCUCCCACAUUUUGUCACUACAUUUCCCAGCCAUAAGAAAAGAGUGCGAUUGUAACGGGUAUCAUAGGUUCAAGCAGGAUGUGAGGAUGAGAGAAAGAUGAUACCGACUCCAUGGGAGAAGGGAUCGAGAACGGGAGCAUCGUAGAUGGACUUGAUUUCUUCAUGCGUCCAAUCAUUUCUCGGACCUUCCCGAAUACCUUCUUUCGGCUUCAAUUGCUGCAGCUGAAACAGCAGGGUAGAAACAAGACGCUGGUAGCAGAGUCGAGGCUGUUCGCUGGUUUCGACGAAGGAUUGAUCGGAGAGACAGCAUUUUGUUUGAGUUCUCUUUUCUCGAUCGGAGUUAUCCGGGGAAACCAACGAAGCCUUUUCCGACACUGAAAUUGAAAUUG